GCGCUUCCGGGGAGGGCGGGGCUUCCGGCUGCGCGCUAGGUCAGGGGGCGCCUGGGCCAGAUUCGUCCUUCGCAUUUGCACGUGUUGAGACUGCAGCCUCUGGCGCGAUGCUCCCUCUGCUCCGCUGUGUGCCCCGUGUCCUGGGCCCCGCUGCUGCCGGCCUCCGCGCCGCCGCGCCCGCCCCGCCGCUUCGGCAGCUACUGCAGCUGGCGCCCCGCCCGUGCGCCCGGCCCUUCGGAUUGCUCUGCGUGCGCGCGGGGUCGGAGCGGCGGCCCGGCCUCCUGCGGCCUCCCGGGCCCUGCGCCUGUGGCUGCGGCUGCGGCGCGCUGCACACCGAGGGGGACAAAGCUUUUGUUGAAUUUCUGAGUGAUGAAAUUAAGGAGGAAAAGAAAAUCCAGAAGCAUACGUCUCUCCCCAAGAUGUCUGGAGGUUGGGAGUUGGAAUUGAAUGGGACAGAAGCAAAAUUAGUGCGGAAAGUUGCUGGGGAACAGAUCACUGUCACUUUCAACAUUAACAACAGCAUCCCACCAACAUAUGAUGGUGAAGAGGAGCCCUCACAAGGGCAGAAGGUUGAGGAACAGGAGGUAAGCUCUUCUUAGCUUUUAAUCUCAGUUCUGAUAGCUGUCCCAGGGGCUUAAAAGAACACUACUUUCUUCUUUUUUUUAAUUCCUUCUAAUGUUAGAAGAGAGAAGGCAAAGGACUCCCAUCCUUGGGACUUGCAGAGUUGCAGAAUCAAUAGUUGGCCAGCUUUAGCCUUGAGGCUGUGGCCCCUUUUCUUUUUCAGGGGUUGAAUAAAUUGCCAUCUGCAGGCUCAGGCUUUGCAGUUUGGCCUGUAUUGACAGAAAGGUAUUGAAAGCCAAGUGUGAUAGCUUACAGCUAUAAUCCUAACCCUCUGGGAGGCCAAGGCUGGAGGAUCUCUUGAGCUCAAGAUUUCAAGACCACCCUGAGCCAGUGUGAGAUCCCAGUCUCUUCUAAAAAUAGAUUAGCCAGGCACCAUGGCUCAUGCCUGUAGUCCCAGCUACUCGGAAGGCUAAGACAGGAGGACCAUUUUAACCCAGGAGUUUAAGGUUGCUGUGAGCUAGGCUGACAGCAUGGUACUCUAACCCAGGAGACAGAAUAAGACUCUGUCUCAAAAAAGAAAGGAAUUGAAACUAUCUCAAACCCUCCCAUGAUGGGGAUGUGUUUAAUACUAGAGAUUAUUUGGUAUGUUUCCAUGUGAGGAAACAUGUCACAAGCUGGUAACAAGCACUCAACUCAGAUAAGAAAGCCAGGGGCAAGGGAGAUUUUAACUGUUGAGUAGUCAAGCUGUUAAGAGAUCUUAGAACUUCAGGCAAACUUUGCAGUGUAUGGAUAGAGAAAUAGGCCCAAGAAGCUUAAGGGACUGAUCUAAAUGGCACAGAGCUAGGACUGGAAUGCACAUUUCUUGAUUCUAAACUCAGUGUGUUCUUUAAACAAGGUGCUAACAAAAGUGUUACACUGUAUUAAGAUUCCAAGCUGCGUAUUUGGGAAUGCUAUAGCAAAAGACUAUUAAAGUGGCUACAUAAAGUGGUCAUCAGAUACUCUGAACUAAGACCUUUGUUCAGGCAUUCAGCCCUGUUCUACAAAGGCAUCUACUGACUUUCUUGUUUCAACAGCCUGAACUGACGUCAACUCCUAAUUUCGUGGUUGAGGUUAUGAAGAAUGAUGGCAAGAAGGCCCUUGUGCUGGACUGCCACUAUCCAGAGGAUGAGGUUGGACAAGAAGAAGAGGCUGAAAGUGACAUUUUCUCUAUCAGGGAAGUUAGCUUUCAGUCCACCCGUGAUUCUGAAUGGAAGGACACUAAUUACACACUCAACACAGAUUCCCUUGACUGGGCCUUGUAUGACCAUCUAAUGGAUUUCCUUGCGGACCGAGGGGUGGACAACACUUUUGCAGAUGAGUUGGUAGAACUCAGCACAGCCCUGGAACACCAGGAGUACAUUACUUUUCUCGAAGACCUCAGAAGUUUUGUCAAGAGCCAGUAGAGCACACAGAGACACUGAAAGCCUUACUUUUAUGGCAGGCUUUGGCCAGUGAAUGAAUCCCAGUCUACAGCCAGACACCUGUGCUUUGAAAAUGGUUAUCAUCCUCCUAUCAUGGAUAUAAAAACAGCAAAUGUAAAUUAUUUCUUUUGCACUCACUCACUAUUCAUUUGGCUUUUUUCUGUACAAAUCUAGAUUUUUGUAUAACAUAAUAAUAGACAAUAAAAUUGGUUUAUCUCCUCCAA